AUGGAGCAGUCCCCUGCAAUGCGUUCUGACUACUUGGUCUCAGGGAUUCGAACUCCACCAGUGAGGAGGAACAGCAAACUGGCAACACUGGGCAGGAUCUUCAAACCAUGGAAGUGGCGGAAAAAGAAAAAUGAGAAGCUAAAGCAGACAUCUGCAGUGCUGGAGAAGAAGACAGCACGACAAGGUCGGGAUGAGCUCAUUAAGAAAGGCCUUCUGGAGAUGAUGGAACAAGAUACUGAAGGCAAAGCCUGCACUGGUGAUGAUGCCACGAGAGCAACGCAGAGUGACCCUCCAGCUCCUGCAUGCCAGGCACUUGCCUCCGAAGAGGUGCAGCAAGAGAGUACAGCAACAGCCACCACGGCUGUGCCCUUGUUUGGUGAGGAGCUGCAUCUGGAUGAGCUGAAAGAAGAUGCAGCCAAGAAACCUUCAGCACCCACAGAAGAAUUAGAAGAUGCCAGCCUGCCAGCAUCUGAAGACAGUCCACAAGCCUUACUUGUAUCUGAAUCCACAGAUUCCCCCCAGAAACAGACGGAAAGAAACCCAGCACAGCUUCCCAGCCCUCCGCUGCUCCCAGCUCCACCGCCAAAGGCAAUCUCCAAAAUCACAAAGAGCGGAACAGGAAGUGAAAUAGAUGACCCUGCCAUGAAAUCUCCUCCUUCUACCAUCCUGAAGAAUUAUGUCAUUGUUGGUUCCUCCCAAAUCUCAGGACAAGCUGCCCUCUUCCAUCCCUCUGGCCAGAAAAGUUCAGAUCCCCAUGUCAGAGGACAGGUAACAACACCAACCGGUUCCCCUCACCUGGCUGCCGUCCACCUGCCUUUACCUCCCAGCAGAGUCAUUGAAGAACUCCACAGGGCUCUGGCCACCAAACACCGGCAGGACAGCUUCCACGGAAGAGAAAGCAAAGGCUCUCCAAAAAAAAGAGUUGAUGUUCGUCCAUCCAGAACAUCUAGCAUUGAGCGCAACAAAGAAAAGGAGAACUCCCUGAGUUACAGCAGUGAUUCAGAAAAUAAGCGGAACUCAGUGAAAGAGUCAGAUGAGAACAAAGAAAACAUGAUCAUGAACUCAGAGCUCAAGGAAGACUCUGUUUUUUAUCAGGAUGAGGAAGUUUUGAAUGACUCCAUUAUUUCUGGUACUUUGCCAAGAAAAUGCAAGAAAGAACUGCUGGCAGUAAAACUACGAAACAGACCAAGUAAGCAGGAGCUGGAAGACAGGAAUAUUUUCCCAAGAAGGACAGAUGAGGAAAGACAGGAAAUCCGGCAGCAAAUUGAAAUGAAACUCUCAAAGCGACUCAGCCAAAGACCUGCUGUUGAGGAGCUAGAAAGAAGAAAUAUACUUAAACAACGAAAUGAUCAAACAGAACAGGAAGAAAGGAGAGAAAUCAAACAGAGACUGACAAGAAAGCUUAACCAGAGACCUACAGUUGAUGAACUAAGAGACAGAAAGAUCCUGAUUCGAUUCAGCGAUUAUGUGGAAGUGGCAAAAGCACAGGACUAUGACAGGCGAGCAGAUAAACCAUGGACAAGACUAUCAGCAGCAGAUAAGGCAGCAAUUCGGAAAGAGCUAAAUGAAUACAAAAGUAAUGAGAUGGAAGUACAUGCAUCAAGCAAACACUUGACAAGGUACCUGGGGAAUUUAAGCAGAUUAUAA